GCUGCAGCUGUAACUCCCUCUCUCAGCUCUGCCUCCUCCAGCUGCUGCCGCUCAGUCCCGUUAUCUCUCAGCUUCUGCGGGUUUAGGAGGGAGGAAUGGAGGCAGUGGAGGCAGGAGGACGUUCCGGGCGGGCGGUGUAGCGGUUUUCCCCUCAUGCUGGAGGUCUGAACGCGGAGAAGAAGGAGAAGCUCCAGGUGGUACCAUGUGAAUGACUGGGGAUCAUGAAGGCCACUCACAAACUGCUGUUUGUUCUGUGUCCCAUGCUGGUCCUGGUGUUCAUCUACUACUCGUCUGGGAAGCUGCAUCUGUACGUCUGGGGCCAGAAGCCACAUGUAGAUGUGGAGCCGACUGUUGCUCCAACAGUUAAACCUAAACCUAAACCUAAAGUCACCACAGCGCCGGUUUCAGAGGACAUCGGCUCCGAAAAUCGAAUAAUAGACUCAGUGAUGGAUCAGCAGGGGUUCCUGCUGGAUGGAAAGCUGAUGAAAACACAAGCUCACUCAGAGCCCAGUUUGAAUCGGCCGCAGGAAUUGGUGUAUAAGUAUGGAAACCUCACCGCUGCAAACUGCAAGCAAGGCUACGCCGCCGCCAAGAUGACUGCUAUCUACCCAAAGUUUGUACAGCCCGCACCAAUGUUCCUCGACAGAAACUUUAAGCGAUUAGCGAAAGUCACCAAAUUCUUACCUCCAUUUGGAUUCAAGUCUCAAGAAAGAAUCAUAGACACAAUAUUAACCACCACCAAGAAAUACGGACUGAGUCCAGAACUAGACAGUAUGAGCUGUAAGAGGUGUAUAAUAGUGGGGAACGGGGGAAUCCUCGCCAACAAGUCUCUGGGUCCCCGCAUCGACGAGUACGAUGUAGUGGUGAGGUUAAACGAAGCUCCAGUGAAGGGCUACACGAAAGACGUGGGCACCAAGACCACCAUGAGGAUUACGUACCCUGAGGGAGCCAUCCAGAAGAGCGAACGCUACGAGAAAGAUUCCCUCUUCGUCUUCAUCGCCUUCAAACCCCUGGACUUUAAAUGGCUGAGGCACAUGAUCUUCAAGGAGAAGCUGCAGAGAACCGAGGGCUUCUGGAAGUCCGUGGCCAGUAAGGUUCCCAGGGAGCCGUGGGAGAUGCGGAUCCUCAACCCUUACUUCAUCCAGGAAGCUGCUUUCCAGUUCAUCGGCCUGCCGUUAAACAACGGAGUCAUGGGCAAAGGGAACAUUCCAACACUGGGUACUGUCGCCAUUACAAUGGCUCUUCAUAAUUGCGAUGAGGUCGCGGUUGCUGGAUUUGGCUACGACAUGAACACCCCUCACGCACCGCUGCACUACUACGAGAGUGUCAAGAUGUCCGCCAUCAAAGAGUCUUGGACUCACAACAUCGUAAAAGAGAAGGAGUUUCUGAAGAAGCUGGUGAAAGCUGACGUCAUCGAGGAUUUGACCAAGGGGAUUUAGGAUGGUGGAGUGUCCUCAGGUUGGUGCCUUUCUCAGAGAGCGACGGCGAGGAACCGGAGAACGUUGAGGUGUUUUUUGGAACGGUGUGGAAUAAAAAGCUCAUGUGCCUUCUGACCGAAAAGCUUCCACUGGGGGAUUCAGACGUUGUUGAAUGUCUCAGGAGACGACCCAAUCUCUGUUCUGAACAGACCCUCGCCCACGGUUCAGUACGCCGGAAUAUACCGAGGUGACGAACUGAAACGGCGCUACGGGGUUCGACGCUCCAUCGGUCGUGCCAAAUAGAGUACCUCUACGGGAGGAGACGGCGCCUCCUCUAUAGCCUGAAUGUAUUCACUGUGUAAAUAUAUCUGAGAUUGUUAACGGCCUUUUAACGGUUCAUUCCGUCCAGACCAAUCGGUGGUCCUCCUGCCCCCCGCUGCCAGAAGUUCAGAGGAUGGCCUUCCCACUCGUUCCUCUGAGCCCAGAAGGCUGUCCAGCUCCUGAUUGGUUGUCGGACUUGUUGCUUGUUAUGUAUUUUUGUCUCUUCUUUCCAAAGAACUGAGAUCUGUUCUUGUUAAAUUAUUUAUUUUCGUAUAAUGUUAAUCCUUUUGAACCGGAAAGAGGAUUUAAAAAAAUGUUUUUAAGUAGUUUUUUGUGCUGUAAUCUCAUCAAAAGCCUUGAUUUUUCAAUUGUUUUAAUUGUUUUAAUUGUUUUAAUUGUUUCCUUCCAAUUUGUUUGUUUGUUUUUUCUAUCUUUCUUUCUUUCUUUGUAUUUCUUUCUUUUGUCUAAUGUUUAAUUAAUAAUUCAUUGUUUAAAAAAAAAGUCUGUCUCAAAGGUGCAAAGGAAAGGAAACACUAAUGUACUGUACACCAAUUACAAAGAAAAAGAACAAAAAAUUGUUUGAACCAGUUUUAGAAAUCUGGUAAACUGUAGGAAGCUGAAGGAAGGAACCAAAAUGCCGCCAUCUUGGAUUUUUUUUCUCACAUUGAAAGGUAGGGGUGUGACAUAUCAAACUAGUAGAACAUUUAGUCACAAAAUCAAUGGUGUCCUUUAUAUUUGCGUAUAUAACAUAUAUUUUGUUAAAAAAUCGAUUUUUGUUAAAAAAAAGGGCUGAAACCACAAUAUAGUAUAUUUAAUAUGUUUGGUGUCCACUAUGUUUAAAUGUUAAGUUGAGGCUGUCAUUUUCUCCCAUUUCUGAUUAACAUUACAGCACAAGAAUCAACAAUUAUACAAGUUUUUUAAAAGUGUUUUUAACAACAUUCCUUACAUAUUCCUUUACAGAGUCAACAAGUGCCUUGACAUGACCUCAAAUAUGGUCAAAGAGAAUUGAACCCCUUCAACCAUUCCACUUUUUUUGGGGAACUACACAUGAAGAAAGUCUGUAAACACGUUUGUAAAGAGGACAGGCAUUUUCUUGUUGAAAGAAUUCACAAAAUGUUCCACAAAACUCACAAAAUUUCAGAUUUUAACAUUCCUUCAAAGACCAAAAGUCCUAGGUACUAAGACUUUUUUAGGUUUUGGGUCCAACUAGUGUUGAUUCCAUUGAUUGUAUUGAUUGACCUCCAUUUAACCAUUCGUUGUAUCUUCAAAAUGUUCUUCUUUACUGGAGAAAUUGGGGUUUGAUUCAUCAUCAAUUCUUCAAAUUCUAGAUUUCUCUUCGUUUUUUGUAUUUUGUAAGAAUUGAGGUUUGGCUUGGCAAACCCAACAUUGAGAAAAGCUUCCAGAGGAUAGAGGAUAGUGUUUUAUUGGUGACAGAAUCAAUGUUUUUGGGUUUUUUUUGGAUUUGGUAAGAAAAUUUAGCACUAUAGAACUGCACUCCUGUAGAUAAUAGGAGUUCUUUGUGUGGCAUUGGUUGAAAUAUAUUCUUUAUUUAAUGGACAAAAAAUGAAUAUAGUUACGCAAAAAAUAACUACAUCGUUGAUUUUCUGGUGAAAUUCUCUAUCAGAUUGAUAUGUCACACACCUAGCUUACAAUUGAAGAAAAAAUGGACCUAAAUCCAAGAUGGCGGCAUGAAUCCAGCCUGUUUCUACAAUUAGAUUGUCUUUUUACAUGGACAUUUCUCAUUACUUUUGAGACAAACUUUUUACAGCAAACUGUAUUGUAUACUCUUAUCUACCAAUUGUGUACAUUUACUGAAACUGGCCUUGAGAAAAAUUGCCUCUAUGUCAAAGUUCUUCUCUUUGAAAGUAGACCAGACGCUACAGAUGUUUACCCUUUUCUACAGCUUCUAUCAGCUCUGCGAGGUUUUGCUUCCGAACUCUUUGGGUUUUGUACUUUUUGAAUGCACGUUUCAGAAAAUGGAGGUAGCAUCACCCUGGCUUCAUCGUCGGGGGAAGGACAGUGUUCUACUUUCUGUCUGUUUUUUUUUUUUUUUUUACUUUUUAUUUUGUUGACUGUUGAAAUUGAUUGUAAUAUUUUAGCAGUUUUUCAGAGAUUUAGGCCUGAAACUAAACCAGAACCCAAACUCGAGCUCUGGACGAGGUGCGACAAAGGUGCGACAGAAUCUCGAAACACAAUAAAGAAAAAACAAUAAAGAAAACGUAGAAAGUAGAAGAAGACAUUUUUUAUAUGACAUAUGCUGCGUUCCAUUUGAGCUCGGAUGUCAGAAUUACAUAGUUUCAAAGUAAGACAUUUAACCAGAAUGAUCCGAAAAGUUGGAUUUCCAAAUUGUAAAGUCGAAAGAAGUUCAAAAUCCAAGAUGGCCGCCCUUCACAUCAAAAGUUAUUAGUAGCAUUAUACAGUUGGUGUUUGGUAUUGCACCCUAUUAUAGAAAUAAUGCACUACAGCUCUAUAAAAAUGAAGAGAGCACUUCAGUUUCUGAAUCAGUUUCUCUGAUUUUGCUAUUUAUAGGUUUAUAUUUGAGUAAAAUGAACAUUGUUGUUUUAUUCUAUAAACUACAGACAACAUUUCUCCCAAAUUCCUAAUAAAAAUAUUCUCAUUUAGAGCAUUUAUUUACAGAAAAUGAGAAAUGGCUGAAAUAACAAAAAAAAAAAAGACUUUCAGACCUCAAAUAAUGCAAAGAAAACAAACAAGUUCAUAUUCAUAAAGUUUUAAGAGCUCAGAAAUUAUCAAUAUUUGGUGGAAUAACCCUGGUUUUUAAUCACAGUUUUUUUCAUGCAUCUUGGCAUCAUGUUCUCCUCCUCCACCAGUCUUACACACUGCUUUUGGAUAACUUUAUGCUGCUUUACUCCUGGUACAAAAAUUCAAGCAGUUCAGUUUGGUGGUUUGAUGGCUUGUGAUCAUCCAUCUUCCUCUUGAUUAUAUUCCAGAAAAAAUCAAAGAAACUAAUCAUUUUUAAGUGCUCUCUUAUUAUUUUUCAGAGCUAUAUGUGGUUUAUCAGCCGUUUUGUAGUGCUUUUUGAAAUCUCAACGGUACAUUUUAUCCCAUAUUGUCGUAAAAUGUAGUGUACAGAUGAUUUAUGCCAGAAUUUCCAAUGUAUACCGCAAUGCAGUUUUUAUUAAGUUCACUAUAUAGCAAAUGUGAUAGUGAAUUAAUAAGUUAAUAAGUGAACUAUUUUGACCACAGUUUGUGUCUCAACUUCUAUUUUUUAAACAUGGAUGUCUGAAAUACUGUAAAAUUCAGGGGUUCUUAACCUUUUCACAGUGCAACCCUCUUUUUCUAACAUAAAAUAUUGUUGCGAAAGCUGCAAUUUUGGUUUCAAAUGAUGGAAACAACUAAAACCUCAAUUUCUACUUUAUAUUUGACCAUCUUUACUAAAAUUCGCUUUUAUUUUAACUUUAACUUCAUGUUUAAAUGAUUAUAUUUGACCAAGAUUGAUGCACAAUCCCGCCAUGCUCCCUUGUCUUCAGCACUUUAGGGACCGUAGGAAAAAUACAUGACAAAAUGAAUAAUGAAAACUUAAUAUAUAUUAAAAUAUAUAUGUACAGUACACAUAUACCUUCAUGUUUAAUUGACUUAAACAGGUCUCAUUUUGAAAGAAGAUUUUUUUUAUUAUUCAUUUAUUCCAGUAUUUUUCCCACGGUCCCUAAAGUGACGUACAACACUAAAGACAAUGAGACGAUGUGAGUGCAGUGGGAUUUUGCCCCAUUUUGGGUCAAAUAUACGCAAAUAAAACUUAAGUUUAGUCAAAUAAAAGCUCAGUUUUAUUUUAUUUUUUUUUAGUUUUAUGUUGUUUGAGAGUUUGAAUGUUUAAACUUCACUCUGAUGAGCUUCAAAAGUCAUUGGUAACAGCUGGUAUUGCUAGCAAUGCUAAUCUGAGGCAAUGCUAACAUAAGACAAUGCUAACUAACAAUGAAAGGUGAUUUCUGAAUGCUCACCUUCAACAUUUAACAGACAUUUGAGGUAAAUGGAACGCAGCAUUAAUACUGUAUGAUUAGGGCUGGGUAUCAAAACUCGUAUCUGUACUACUGAUGUUUGUUACUUCCUGCAGAACGCGACAGUUUCAGGUUUUUUAUCGUAACUUUUAUGGUACUAGAACGAAUUUAAUCCUUGGUCCAACACAAAAAAUUACCUCACAUUCCGUCAAUAAACUCAAAACGUCGAAAAUUUCAACAUUACACUCAAAUAAUUUAAAAGGAGAUGGUGGGAAUCCCAGUCUAAGGUUUUUACAGCCAGUCCAGACAAAUAAAACAUGGUACAAAUUCUCAUUUUUUAGUUUUAUGUUAAAAAUUAGUUUAUUGGCUUACUAGAGAAUGCUCAACCCUCCUGUUAUGUUAAUUUGUCAAAAAAAGCAAAUGGUUUUUCAGGCUCAUUUUGAACUGGUGCAUAUUUAAUUAUCCAAAAGAUGUCUAAAAACCCCCAAAAAAUCCUUACAAGCAGUGUACAUUUUUUAUUACUAACUCUAUUGCUAAUUAUUCUAUCAAUUUUUUGUUUUAGUUUUUGCAGGGAGGUUGCAAAUAUGUGAGAUGAACCAUUUUCAUAUUAUAUGUUGAUUAAAAUACUUUAUAAAAUAAAGGCAAGCAGAAGAAGUUUCAUACUGAAAAAAAAUACUUUUAACUAUUUUUUUAAAUUGACCCAUAACAUAACAGGAGGGUUAAAUACUAAUAAAUUGUUUUUAGACUUUUUUGGACUAAUUAGACCCUCUGAUCCCAAAUGGCAAGGAUCAUUUUAAUGUUAAAAUAAAAGAACAUUGUUUUUUUGUUUGUUUUUUUUAGUUUAAAGACUAGUAAAGUAUAGUUUUUUAUACUUGUUAGGUCCUACUAAUCCUAAAUCUAUCAGGAGAAAUUAAAAAUGCGCUCUAUAAGUAAAAGUCUGAGUCUCAGGAGGUUAAAAUCAGGCCCAGAGAUUAAAAUGUUCAGAGGAAUAAAAAAACGGUACUUUACUACAUUGGGUCAUAUGGGAUCUCAUAAUCGCCCAAAGUGGGGGGAGUCUCUCUAUACUCAACACUGAUUGGUUGACAAUUCAAGAGUUGCCUUUUUUAGGUGUUGAGUCGAAUUCUGCCUUCCUGCCAGAAUUUGAGAAUUUGACUCAAUUAUUCGAUAUCUUUCAUUUUUUUGUUAUAAAUAAGGAUUAAUCUACAGUUACAGUAGAUACAGAAUCACCAGCAUUAUAAUAUUUUGGACUUGGAUUUCGGCACAACGCCUCUUCUUUUUCUUCUUUUGUUGUUUAACGAGUGACGAUAGCCUGACUCAACUUCUUCAGGUUUUUGGGUAUAGAGAAAGUUCUGAAACAAUUUACUUUUUUAUUUCACAUAUUCAUUAAAUGCAGAAUUUAAAUUUAAAAACUAGUACUUGUGUCAGGAUUUAUCAAUUUAAAGUUAAAGGUACAGUAAUUAUUGAUGCAUUUCAUCAUUGUAUCAUUGUAGUCCCAUAUGAAGGCACUAUUUAUUGCAGUCAAACACAUUCCUACAUCAGAACAGGUUUUAUCAGCUACAGUUCUGGAAAAAAAAUUAAGAGAUCACUUAAAAAUGAUGAGUUUCUUUGAUUUUACCAAAUUAAAAACUCUGGAAUAUAAUCAAGAGGAAGAUGGAUGAUCACAAACCAUCAAACCACCAAACUGAACUGCUUGAAUUUUUGCACCAGGAGUAAAGCAGCAUAAAGUUAUCCAAAAGCAGUGUGUAAGACUGGUGGAGGAGAACAUGAUGCCAAGAUGCAUGAAAAGUGUAAAAAACAGGGUUAUUCCAACAAAUAUUGAUUUCUGAACUCUAACGGUGAAUUGACACUGCUGCGACGCGACAACGCACAGCGUCGGAUCCCAUUCAUUUUCAAUGGGAAGCGCCGCCUCCGUCAGACACAGUCGCGCGGUGCAUAAUGGGUCCGACGCGUCGAGAGCGGGGGAUGCGAUGCGAUGAAAAGUUGAGCCGAGCUGAACUUUAUGCAAAUGAGUCCGUCCAACGCAAUGCGUCUAUCCAAUCAGAGAGCAGGUGUUGGCCUGUAACGCGUCCUCAGCGCAGCGCAUGAAAACAUUUUAGUUCCGCUUUCAAGCGUCCAGAGAAGCCUGGAAGAGAAGUUUCAGGCUUCCCUGUUCUUUAUAAAAUCCCUGCUGAUUCACAGGGACUCUGUCAGCGAGGAGAAAGGCUACUGUGAUUGUUGGAGUCUCUGGUGGGUUUUUAAAAUAUUAAUAUGUAAUUUAAUUGGAAAAGUUUGCUUUUUUCAGCUUAUAUACUGCUCACUAGACAGUGUAAUGAAGCUCAUUCAAACAUUUAUAUCUAUAAAGACACAUUUAUAUUUAUUAAGUAUUGGAAAUAAUAAUAUCUUAUAUAAAAAGCAUUUCCCAUUUAUUAAAACGAUUUAAUUGGACGACGCAGGGAAAGCCUUUGUCACGCCCACAUGCGACCGGUUGGAGGGGGGUAGUGCGACCAUGUGCGUUUUCGCGUCGGAGCAGUGUAAAUUCACCGUUAAAGUUUUCUUUGCAUUAUUUGAGGUCUGAAAGCUCUGCGCCUUUUUUCUGUUAUUUUUAUCCAUAUCCUAUUUUCUGCGAAUAAAUGCUUUAAAUGACUAAAAUAUAUAUAUUUUUAAAUAUUUUACUCGAACAUAAACCUAUAAAUCUUUUUAUUUUAUUUUUUCCAGAGCUGUAGAUCGCAUAAAAUUCAGCAUAAAAUUAAUUCCGGAGGUACCAGUAUUUUUUUUUUUUUUUUUUUUUU